CCAUGUGUUCUUUGCAUCAUGCACCGUGUGCAUGCGUGACUAAUCAUUCAGAAUCAGAGCAGAUUCAGCAUCACAGAAUAUUGCGAUACGUCUAGAAUCAGUGAGAAUAGGCAGAAGAUCGUCACGAAAUCAUGGCAGGAGCCGAUCCUGAAUCUUCCCAGUUGGCAAGCAAGCCUUCGGUUCUCGUUCUAGGGGGAUGCGGCUUCAUAGGCAGAAAUUUUGUCCACCACUUAGUUACAAACAAUCUGGCAUCCAAGAUCCGAGUCGCUGAUAAGACCCCUCCCCAAACAGCCUGGCUGAAUAGUGCACACAAGGAAUCCUUUGCAAAAGUUGAAUUUAUCUCCGCUAACCUCAUCAACUCAGGGUCGGUGGCCAAGGUUUUUGAGGAUAAUGGGAAGUCGUUUGACAUUGUGGUUAACCUGGCCGCCCAGACCAAGUAUGGUUGCUCGGAUGAGGUUUACAAAGAAGGCGUGCAAAAAUUGAGUCUCCAGUGUGCUAAGGAGGCUGCUAACAGACAUGCCAAGAAGUACGUCGAACUGUCUACAGGCCAGGUCUAUAUGCCAGAUAAGAAAGCGAGUUCGGAGGAUGCCAAAAUGUCUCCAUGGACCGGCAUCGCUAAGUACAAGUUGCAGCUUGAGGGGGAAUUGCCUCACGUCGAAGGAUUGAAUUAUGUCGUGCUCAGACCAGCCAUUGUCUAUGGCAUUGGAGACCGAGCUGGAAUCAUGCCAAGGUUAAUUGUGGCAGCCGUCUACAGACAACUUCAAGAGAAAAUGAAGUUGCUGUGGACAACGGAUCUGAAAAUGAACACGGUCCAUGUGAACGACGUGUGCUUGGCAAUAUGGCACUUAAUACAGCACGGGGAGCAAGGCCACGCCUAUAACAUAGUGGACAAGUCUGACACAACGCAGGGAUCCAUCUCGGAGCUAGUGUGCAGAAUAUUCGACAUCAAACACGACUACUUUGGGACUGUCAUCUCCAAUUUUGCACGGCUGAACAUGGCUGAAAUUGUCGACGAUUCUAAUGACAAGCAUUUCACGCCGUGGACGGAGGCUUGCAACCAGGACGGUCUGCAGUACACACCGCUAAGCCCUUACCUUCAUCAGGAGCUCUUGUACAACAAACACUUAAACAUGGACGGGCAGAAACUGGAGUCUACUGGUUUCCAGCUGACCAGACCACUACUGACAAAGGAAUUACUGAGAGAGAUGUUGGCCGACUAUGUCAGCACAGGCCUGUUCCCCAAAUCUCUGGCUCCGUCUCCAAGGUAAUAUCCAUGACAACAAAACUGAACAAGAAAAGCAAAGCAACAAAAUCAACAGUAAUUUUAUGUGCUAUGACUUCUUAAAAAGGAAUCAAAGUGAAUGUAUUUAUAACAGAACAUGAUAUAAUAUGCAAUAUGUGCGGAUGCAUUUUUUUAAUGUAAGUAAUGCAAAUUUUUGUAAAAAUUGAGAAGUUUUUGUUUCAUUUAAUUGGUGCAUGCAUGGCAGGUAUUAACCAAGUUAUUUUGUGAAGUCUAAAGAAUACACGUACAUAUAUGAACAAGAAUAUAUUCAGCUUUUCGUGUCUUGCCAGUUAAAAAUGAACAUUGUCCGUGUGCAACACUGAUCAAAUUGAAACUAUUUUAGUUUUUAGUCUUAAAUUCUUAGUCCUUUUUAAAACUUCCAAUAAACCACAGAGAAAAAAUGAUUAUGUUCAUCAUGAUGUUUUUCAAAGUGGAACAAAGAAAUUGACUGGAGCGGGGGUUGAACCUGCCACCUCCAGAAUGCUAUUUCCCAUCGUGACUUUGGGCGUGAUCCCUGGCUACAUGUCGUGUAUAAGUUUAUGGUUUCUGACUACUAGCGUCCCUUGAACAAGGAUAUUGACAAAUUGGGGAACUGCCAACAUAAGGCUGGAUAGCUCAGUUGGUAAAGCACCAGAACGGCAAUCCGGAGGUUGCAGGUUCAAACCCCGCACCAGUUAAUAUCUUUGCUGGAAGAAGGAAAUUGAUACCAAGAAUCACACUUACCUUUUAAAACUUAACUCAUAUAACAUGGCCAACAUUCCAGCAAGAGUUUAAAGGGUAGAAAGGAAGAAAAAACAAAAUGACUUUUUCACAUUGUUGGGUUUUAUUUUUUAUGGGAGUAACAGGGUUAGAGUUGGGUAUUUAUUUGGUUGAUGUAAAAGAAAAUGUAAGUCCAUAUGCAUAAAUUUCAGUUGUUUUGAAAAUUGUGCAUCAAAGUGCUUCUGAAUCUUUCAGGUUAUGAAAUAUUUUAAUUUUCAGUGUUAAAUUUAAAAAAAAAGAAGGUUUUAAGUACAUCAACAUUCUUUUAUGUAUCAAUAAGUGUGCAAGAGCUGUGUUUGUAAUAUCGUGUGCUUGGAUACUGUCAUUUUAUUGGUCUAGAACGGCCACAUGUCCAGUUUGUAAAAAAACAACGUUUACUUCAUAUACACUGCAUUGCAUGUAAACUAUCUCAUGUACACUGCGCUGCAUAUAAAUUGUGCAAGUGUGGAGGGCCUGCCUAUGCACUCGCGGCUGAGAACUG